AGGCAAGAACGCCUCCUGGUCACAUGCUGGGAUGACAGGAAGGAGUCAUAUGAUCAACAUGGAGGCUGGAGUGUGAGGUCUUGUGCACCGAAUCCUGUUAAAUAGGCACAAGAAAGCUUUGCGCUGUUUCUCUGUCUGCAGCUCUAGCCAAAGAUACGAGGGGGAGCGAUCUGACUGUUCGCUGGAGUUCUCUGCUGUAAUCCCACUGCAGAGUGACCUUGCCUCUGAAACACUCACCAGAGCAGGAAGGAGCAUUGAGGCAUGAACACGGGCUGGCCGCAAUCAAUCCAGUAGGUACAGGCGUCUUAGGGGGGGUUUCAGUGGUCGUUCGUUGGCGUCCUCUCCUGCAUCGGAUUGACCCCUCGUCGGCCAUGGUGGACUUCCUGGCGGAGAACAACCUCUGUGGGCAAGCAAUUCUGCGGAUCGUGUCCCGCGGUAACGCCAUCAUUGCAGAACUUUUGAGACUGUCCGAGUUCGUUCCGAGUGUUUUCAGACUCCGAGACAAAGCCGAGCAGCAGAAAUAUGGAGACAUUAUUUGUGACUUUAGUUACUUUAAGGGCCCAGAGGACUUUGAAAGCAAGUUGGAAUCAAAACCAGAACUACAAGACUUAGAUGAGGAAUUUCGUGACAAUCACAUUGAAAUAUUGACAAGAUUCUACCUUGCUUUUGAAAGCGUUCACAAAUAUGUAUUUGAUUUGAACAGAUUUCUUGAGGAUCUCAAUGAAGGUGUCUACAUUCAACAGACCCUUGAAACAGUACUGCUAAAUGAAGACGGAAAACAACUUCUUUGUGAAGCCUUGUACUUGUAUGGAGUCAUGCUGCUUGUGAUCGACCAGAAAAUAGAAGGAGAGGUGAGAGAAAGGAUGCUGGUUUCCUACUACCGAUACAGCGCUGCACGUUCAUCUUCUGAUUCCAAUUUGGAUGACAUUUGCAAGCUGCUACGAAGUACAGGAUACUCCUCCCUGCUGGGCUCAAAAAAACCCCCAAACUACCCAGAGAGUUAUUUCCAAAGAGUGCCGAUUAGCAAGACAUUCAUCUCAAUGGUAGUUGGCCGGUUACGCUCAGAUGACAUUUAUAAUCAGGUUUCAGCGUACCCACUGCCAGAACACCGUAGCACAGCUUUGGCUACUCAAGCUGCUAUGCUUUAUGUGAUCCUCUACUUCGAGCCGCCCACUCUUCACACGCAGCAAGCUAAAAUGAGAGAGAUUGUGGAUAAAUACUUUCCAGAUAACUGGGUAAUAAGUAUUUACAUGGGGAUCACUGUCAAUCUGAUUGAAGCUUGGGAACCAUACAAAGCGGCGAAGACAGCUUUGCAUUACACACUGGAGCAGGCAAACAUCAGGGAACAGGCUAGUCGAUAUGGUAUGAGCGUUGACAGCCUGCGCCAGCAAGUGCAGCAGUUUCUAAAGGAGGGCUUCUUGAGAGAAGAUUAUGUGCUGGAUCACAUUCCUAAACUACUCAACUGCCUGAGGGAUUGUAAUGUAACCAUUCGCUGGCUGAUGCUCCACACUGCUGAUUUGGUGUAUGACCCAAACAACAAACGUCUGCGGCAGAUUAAGGAUCAAGUUUUAACUGACUCAAAAUACAACCCAAAAACGCUCUUCCAGCUAUUGUUAGACAGCGCCCAGUUUGAGUUUGUUUUGAAGGAGAUGUUCAAGCAAAUGCUGUCUGAGAAACAAGCCAAGUGGGAAAGCUAUCAGAAGGAGGGCUCUGAGAGAAUGACUGAGCUGGCGGAGGUGUUCUCUGGAGUGAAGCCUCUCACCAGAGUGGAGAAAAAUGAAAAUCUGCAGGCUUGGUUUCAAGAGAUCUCCAAGCAGAUUGCUUCUUUGAACUAUGAAGAUUCAACUGCAGCAGGGAGGAAAACUGUGCAGCUAAUCCAAGCUUUGGAGGAGGUUCAAGAGUUCCACCAACUGGAAAGUAAUUUGCAGAUCUGUCAGUUUCUGGCGGAUACUCGCAGAUUUCUCCAUCAGAUGAUUCGCACCAUCAACAUUAAGGAAGAGGUCCUCAUCACCAUGCAGAUCAUUGGGGACUUGUCAUACGCCUGGCAGCUUAUUGACAGUUACACGUCUAUCAUGCAAGAAGGUAUUCGGGCUAGUCCUUUCAUGGUAACCAAGCUUAAAGCAACAUUUUUAAAGUUGGCAUCAGGUCUUGAUCUUCCUUUGAUGCGUAUAAAUCAGGCCAACAGCCCUGACCUUCUAAGUGUGUCCCAGUAUUACUCAGGAGAGCUAGUUGCCUAUGUUAGAAAGGUCUUGCAGAUCAUUCCAGAGAGCAUGUUUCGAUCCUUGGCAAAGAUUAUCAAACUCCAGACACACAACAUUAUGGAAGUACCAACCCGACUGGAUAAAGACAAGCUGAAGGAUUAUGCCCAGCUGGAUGCCAGAUAUGAGGUUGCCAGGCUUACUCAUGCAAUAUCAAUUUUCACUGAAGGCAUUCUCAUGAUGAAAACGACCCUUGUUGGCAUUAUCAAGGUGGAUCCGAAGCAACUGUUGGAGGAUGGAAUUCGGAAGGAAUUGGUCAGAAAGGUUGCACUUGCUCUUCACAGAGGGCUGACAUUUAACCCGAAAGCUAAGACUAGUGAGCUGAUGCCCAAACUGAAAGAGAUGGCCGCCACAAUGGAUGGAUUCCACCGUUCAUUUGAAUACAUACAAGAUUAUGUCAGCAUAUAUGGGCUGAAGAUCUGGCAAGAAGAAGUGUCUCGCAUUAUCAACUAUAAUGUGGAACAAGAGUGCAAUAAUUUCCUGAGGACAAAGAUUCUUGACUGGCAGAGCAUGUACCAAUCCACUCACAUCCCGAUCCCCAAAUAUCACCAGGCUGGUGAAUCGACUUUCAUUGGCCGUCUGUGUGGAGAAAUUCUGAGAAUUACUGAUCCCAAAAUGACAUGCUACAUCGACCAGAUAAACACUUGGUUUGACCUGAAGUCUCACCAGGAGGUAACCAACAAACAGCUCUUCUCAGAAAUCCAGAAUUCCUUGGGCACAUUUGGGCUAAACGGGCUGGACAGAUUGCUCUGUUUCAUGAUAGUCAAGGAGCUCCAGACUUUUUUGGACAUGCUUCAUAGAAAUGUGCUGCGGGACAAGUCUGUGAUGGACACAAUCAAGCCCUUUCAGAAUCAGCUGAAUCCAAUCAAAGGAAUAGUGGCGAAUGCUAGCAAAGUGUACACUGCUGCUGUGGCAAAAUCCCAGAAGAUUUGGUCAUCUUAUUUGGAUUCCAUACUGAAGGUGGGGCAGAUGCAGAUCUUGAGACAGCAGAUUGCCAAUGAACUGAGUUACUCGUGCAAGUUUGACUCUAAGCAUCUUGCUGCAGCAUUGGACAACCUCAACCAAGCGCUGUUGGCUGACGUUGAAGCACACUAUCAGGACCCAACGUUACCAUAUCCUAAAGAUGAUAACACACUGUUGUACGAAAUCACAGCCUACAUGGAGGCUGCAGGCAUCCACAACCCUCUCAGUAAGAUUUACAUUACCACAAAGAGACUGCCGUAUUUCCCAGUGGUGAAUUUACUGUUUCUAAUUUCUCAGUUACCAAAAGUGCAGUAUGUUAAGAGCCAAGGAAUGGUAUGUAGGAAAUCCACAGAUCCGAUAGACUGGCCGCCACUGGUUGUUGGACUUGUCACCCUUCUGAAGCAGUUCCACUCGCGAUACACUGAGCAUUUUCUAGCCCUGAUAGGCCAGUUUGUUCGAUCUGUAGUGGAGCAGUGUACUACCAGUCAGAAGAUUCCCGAGAUGCCAGCUGAUGCUGUAGCUGCCCUGAUGUUCUUGGAAAAUUAUGUUUAUUAUACUAAACUACCUAGAAAGGUUGUGGAAGCACAUAUCCCUAGUUUCAUCUUUGAUGAGUUCAGGACAAUUCUAUAACGCUGCCUGGAAAGAAGAUACAACUCUGCAAGGAAGUGAAGUGGAGUAAAUACUAACAUCUGAAAUGCUGGAAUCUUUUUGUUAAUAAUCCUGUCUUGGUCAGUAGUAAAGUACUAUGAGAGUGAAGUUCCUCUCGUAGAGAAUUUUAAUUAAAAAGUCUGAAUAUAAAAUUAAUUUUUGUACCUGCAUUGACUAGGUAAUAUUAUCUGCUAAACCCUCCAAGUAGAAAGGUACAGCUAUAGAAUCUUUAUAACCCAAGUUUUGUUUCUAAUAACUUGUAAAAAAAAAGGGUUUAUUUGAAGGAUUAGCAAAAAUUUAAUGCUGUCAAUGUAUUGCAUUCUAGUGAAUUGUACAUUAUCUAAAUUUGUUUGAAAUAUUACUAUUUGUAUUUAAUUAAAGACUGGAGCUUCAACAAAUUUGAAUGAUAUUACCCUGUUUAUUAUAUAAAGUCCUGAUGAAGGGCCUUGGCCAAAAGCAUUGACUGUUCAUUCCUCUCCAAUGAUGCUGCCUGACCUUAUGAGUUCCUCCAGCAUUUUGUGCGUGUUACUCUGGAUUUCCAGCAUCUGUAGAAUCUGUUGUGUUUUUGAAGAUGAACUCAAUUUUACACUAAACUGUUUUGUAUUAGGAAUGAAGGUAAUUUUUGAAAGUACAGUUUCUAAAUGCCAGACCUAGAAUAUUGCAGCAUGUUAACAGGCUCUUCAGCCUGUUUGGUCAAUACUGACCAAGAUGUCUGCCUGAGCUAGACCCGCUAGCCUGCGUUUGACCCAUACUUCUAAACCAGGGGUUUCAACUUGGGGUCCACAGACCCUUUGGUUAAUGGUAGGCUCCAUGGCAUAAAAAAAAGUUUGGGAGCCCCUGAUCUAAACCAUUCCUCAGCAUGUUCCUGUCCAAAUGUCUUUUAAAGAUUGUAUUUGUACCAACCUCUAUGACUUCCACUGGCAUUAGCUACCUCUUAUUCUGUUAUUUCUCUUUGGUCUUGAGACAUUCAUUCUAAGAAUUUUUGUGGCAUAAACUAGCGAACUGUCCCACAAACGAAGCUCUCUUUUAAAGGGAGCUUUGCUUGGAAGUUUUAUUUUCCUUCCUUUUAAUUUGACAUGUUCACUUAUAAUUUGGGUACGGUGGAGUUGUGUUUAGCACAAUGCCUCACAAAGGUUCAAAGAUUACUAUCAAAGUAUACAGCUCUGAAAUUCUCCAAGUAGCCAGGAAACAAAGAAUGAAAAGCGAAGCAGCACGAUAAUCAAACCCCAAAUCCUCCUUCCCCGAACAAAAAGUACCAGGGACCCGAAUUCCAUUCACACUGCUGCCCAUAAGGAGUUGGUACAUUUUCUCUGUGACCGUGUGGGCUCCCUCUGGGUCCUCAGACUUCCUCUUUCAUUCCAGGUUGGUAGGCUAAUUGGUCAUUGUAAAUUGUCCUAUGAUUAGGUUAGGAUUAAAUCUGAGGAUUGCUGGGUUAGAAGUGCUGGAAAGGCCUACUCUGUGCUGUAUCUCAAUAAUAUUAAAAAAUUAAAGGUUUUAAAUGUUUCAAUGACAGUCAAAUGGCACUGAACAUGAACUUUAAAUUUAACCCUUGACUAACCUCUUACUAUUCAGAAGGUUGUUCUAUGUUUACUAAGAGGUAUUACCAACAACAGUUCAACAUGAUGUGCAGAGGAUACUGCCUAUGAAUUUGAAGAGUGGGCAAAAGUUGUUCAGUGAUUGAAGGGGCAAAAUUGUAUUUAAAAUAUCAGAUUAAAUUUGGGGUAGAGACUUGCUGGUAGAAAAUUCAUCACCCUAAUGACGUCAAGAUAUUAAUGAUGGGACUUUAAAUUUGUUCAUUCACUGUGAAUAAAGGGCUUCCAACUGGACUGAGGUU